AAUAGAAAACUUUAACAAAGCAGAGAGGAGAGAUCUAGGUUUUGUUCUUGCACAUUUCCCCUCCUGCAACUCACCAAGCGACCCAUUUUGGAUUCCGAAGCGAUGAAACGAUCAAUCGAUGAAGUAGUUGGAUCGGCGGCGGCCAAAUCCCUCGAUUCCGGCAAUCUCAACAAACCUGUUUUCCUCACCAAGGCCCAGCGCGAGGAACUCGCCCUCAAGCGCCGCCAGGACCAGAUCGCCGAGCAGCGCCGCCGCCAGGAUCAGCUCCGCCGCGGCGCUUCUGCCGCCUACGAUACUGAGAACGGCGAAGACCGUGAACGUGAUCGCGAACGGGACCGGGACCGGGACCGGGACCGCGACCGCGACCGCGAUAGGGAGAGAGAUAGGGACCGCGAUCGUGAGCGUGAGCGUGAGCGUGAGCGGGAGAGGGAGAGGGAGAGGCGGGACCGGGAGUCUGAGCGGCGGAACAGAGACCGGGAGCGGGAGGAGGAGACAAAGGCUCGGGAACGUGCGAGGGUUGAGAAGCUGGCGGAGCGGGAGCGAGAGAAGGAGCUUGACGCCAUUAAAGAGCAGUACCUUGGAUCUAAGAAGCCUAAGAAGAGAGUCAUCAAGCCAAGCGAGAAGUUUCGUUUCUCUUUCGACUGGGAGAACACUGAGGACACUUCGAGGGAUAUGAACACUCUCUACCAAAACCCUCAUGAAGCUCAGCUUCUGUUCGGGAGAGGGUUUCGCGCGGGCAUGGACAGGCGUGAGCAGAAGAAAUUGGCGGCUAAGUACGAGAGAGACAUGCGCGAUGAGAUUCGUCGGAAAGAGGGCGUUGAAGAGAAACCCGAGGAGGCUGCAGCUCAGAGACUGCGUGAACAAGCAGCCGAUGCAUAUGACUCGUUCGACAUGAGGGUUGACAGGCACUGGAGCGAGAAGAAGCUCGAGGAGAUGACUGAGAGGGAUUGGCGGAUUUUCAGGGAAGAUUUCAACAUCUCCUACAAGGGUUCUAAGAUUCCUCGUCCCAUGAGGAACUGGGCAGAGAGUAAGUUGACCUCUGAGCUGUUGAAGGCCGUGGACAGAGCUGGGUAUAAGAAGCCAUCUCCUAUUCAGAUGGCUGCCAUACCACUUGGACUGCAGCAGCGUGACGUUAUCGGCAUUGCAGAGACUGGUUCUGGUAAAACCGCUGCUUUUGUUCUUCCUAUGUUAGCUUACAUCUCGAGAUUACCACCCAUGACGGAAGAGAAUGAGGCCGAGGGGCCUUAUGCUGUGGUUAUGGCCCCAACACGCGAGCUUGCGCAGCAGAUUGAGGACGAGACUGUGAAGUUUGCUCAUUACUUAGGUUUUAGAGUAACCUCUAUCGUCGGUGGUCAGUCCAUUGAGGAACAAGGGCUGAAGAUAACACAAGGAUGUGAGAUUGUGAUUGCCACUCCUGGUCGUCUGAUUGAUUGCCUUGAGAGGCGUUAUGCCGUGUUGAACCAGUGCAACUAUGUGGUUCUUGAUGAAGCUGACAGAAUGAUAGAUAUGGGUUUCGAGCCUCAGGUCGUGGGUGUAUUGGAUGCAAUGCCUUCCAGUAAUUUGAAACCCGAGAACGAAGAUGAGGAGCUCGACGAAAAGAAGAUUUACCGAACUACAUAUAUGUUCAGUGCCACUAUGCCUCCUGCGGUUGAGCGGCUUGCUAGGAAGUACUUGAGGAACCCGGUUGUGGUCACCAUUGGCACUGCUGGAAAGGCUACUGACUUGAUUUCCCAACAUGUGAUUAUGAUGAAGGAAUCCGAGAAGUUUUUCAGGUUGCAGAGAUUGCUUGAUGAGCUUGGCGACAAGACGGCCAUUGUGUUUGUUAACACUAAGAAAAAUGCCGAUACUAUUUCCAAGAAUCUGGACAAGGCAGGGUAUCGGGUCACGACCCUGCACGGUGGGAAGUCUCAGGAGCAGAGAGAAAUAAGUUUGGAGGGUUUCAGGACAAAGAGAUACAAUGUUCUUGCUGCGACAGAUGUGGUCGGUCGUGGAAUUGAUAUACCUGAUGUGGCCCAUGUCAUCAACUAUGAUAUGCCUAACAAUAUAGAGAUGUACACUCACCGUAUCGGACGGACAGGACGUGCUGGCAAGAGCGGUGUUGCGACAACAUUCCUGACUCUUCAGGAUACCGAUGUUUUCUAUGAUCUCAAGCAGAUGCUCGUCCAGAGCAAUAGCCCUGUCCCCCCUGAACUCGCAAGGCAUGAAGCCUCCAAAUUCAAACCGGGAACCGUCCCCGAUAGACCCCCGAGGCGCAGUGACACUGUUUUCGUAAAUUAAGCCGUCGGAGAGUUAGCUUCCGUUCAGAGUAUGGAGUCAUUUCUGAUCUGAGGUCAGAAUCAUUAUCGAUGAUUUUAGCUACCCUUUAUCUUCUGGAUGCUGUUUUCUUUGUUGUAAGGUUAUGAACAGUUUUCGGAUGAAAUUAACAUUGUUCAAUAUCG